UCGAUCCUGUCUCUCCUCUUUCGGAAGCUGAUAAAAAGAAUUUGAGCAACUUGAGGAUGUUUAUCAACAUUUUUUUUUUCAAUUCCGCAACUUUUUGAGAGAGGCACGGAUUCCCCGAUUCACCUGUCUUUGCAGUAGAAUCUAACAAUUGCAGGUGUAGCACAUAGUCGCAGGCAAACAAAGUGUUUGCCAAGGGCAUUGAUUUGAGCAUGGUCAGUUCUGUUCAAUUAUUGUCAAACCGCGGGGUAGACGAAAGAGAACACGUACAGAAUCUCCUGCCAGUUGACGGGUUUGUGUAAACAGUGAAACCAAUGGUGCUGCAGGGUCACAUGUUCACGGUGGCACACCUAUGAGGCCCUCGUCCGGCGCCAGACUCAGACUGCAGGUAGAGCAGAGGUCCUGAUCAGGGGCAGGGCGCUGGCUCAUGUGCUCGUGUACAGCACGGUUUCCCCGGUCUGUGGCCAUCAUGAAUCGGGAAGAGCACUUUUACCCUCCUAACCAUCUGUAUAAGGACUCUUGCGCCUUCCAGAGACACCCCAACGAAGACUACAGCCAAAACCCUCCACCGUGUCUGUAUAUGAGUAGACAGACUCAAUCCGUCUACGCCUCAUCGUCCUUGGGCGGCCAGGACCUGCCAAAUCUUACCGACAUUACUUCUUAUAACAUUUCGACCCGUGAUGAUCUGGCAGGGCCUCAUCUUCACCUUCCCCAGAAUCCACAGACAUCUCUACAUACGCUCGGCGGUUAUGAAGACUCUCUCGACCUGUGCCGGGAUCGGAACAGAUAUCAUCUGCCAUUCCCGUGGAUGAAGUCAACGAAAUCUCACACGCACGCCUGGAAAGGACAGUGGACAGGCCCUUACAUGGUAGAGGCCGAGGAGAGCAAGCGCACGCGGACCGCUUACACCAGAGCGCAGCUGCUCGAGCUCGAGAAAGAGUUUCUCUUCAACAAAUACAUUGCGCGCCCGCGCCGCGUGGAGCUCGCGCUUACCCUCAGCCUCACCGAGAGACACAUCAAGAUCUGGUUCCAAAACCGACGCAUGAAAUGGAAAAAGGAAGAGGACAAGAGGAGAGCCAGAGGAGUGGAUCCCGAGCAGGAUUCCUCAAUCUCAUCCGGAGGUCUCAAGGAUGAGUCGUGUGUCGCUCUAACGGGAACCCCUUCACCCUCGUGUACCUCCAGUCCCACAAGACUCGUAAAAUGAACACUGACCAAAAGAGACAUGUGUCAUCCACACAAUCCAUCAACCUGCCAUCAGUGAGUGGAACUAUAAUGUGCCACAUCUCAUUUUCACAUGACAACAUUCAGUCAAAUCAUGUAAAUGUUUAGUGUACUGCUAAAAGAUUGACAGUAGAGGGCGAUCUUAGUUGUGUGAGAGACGAAGCACGUGGAGUCAUUUUCUUGAAAGGUCUUUUUGUGUAAUAGACGUAAUUGAAGCGUCAAAUGUUCAUUUAAAACAUUAUCAAAUAUAUAGCCUAAUGGACAUUAUUAAAACUGGAAUGUAUUCAUAUUUAUAGAUAGACAACGAACAGUCAAAAAGCCUGUCUAUCUUGAUUUUCUUUAUUAAUUAUCUUUCAUACUAUUUAUGCAGCUAUUAAACAAAUUAAAAGCAUGUGUGAAGCGUGGGGUCAUAUUUUUUUUUAAUUGGGUGCAAAUAGGAAUAGUAAAAAGAAUAGUAUAGGCUAAUCAUAACCCAAAGUUUAUUAACCAGUGCGUCAAAAACAACACAACUGCAUGCAAUAGUGUUAUUCAGGCUACUGAAAGAUUGAUUAUUCAUUAUUAUGCCGGUAGGUAGCCUGCAUAUAUCCAAAACUACAGGUUACUAAGUUGCUAAAUAGAUGCUUUGAAAGCUUGCUAAGAG